AUGGAUAGUUUGUUAGCAAAUGAGUCAAGUGAUAAUAUAGUGAUAUCAGACAAUUGGGUUCCUCGUGUUGGUAUGGAAUUCGACUUGGUGGAUCAUGCUUGGAAUUUUUGCUACUUGUUGUCAUCACAAAGGAAGAUAACGGAAGUACAAGAUGUUGAAAUUGAACUAGCUGAUGAUUCUGGAAUUAGGCCUAGAGCAGCUCAUGAGUUUAUUGGUGCACAUGUCGGUGGAUCAAACAAUCUUGGUUACACCCAUAGAGACCAUAAAAAUUAUCUACGUACUAAGCGACAAAGAGAUUAUGUGUAUGGGGAAGCAGGAAUUUUGUUAAAAUAUUUUCACUUACAAACAAUCGAGAAUCCUUCAUUCCAAUAUUCACUUCAAUUAGAUUGUGAAGAACAAAUAACAAACAUUUUUUGGGCUGAUGCAAAGAUGCUUAUUGAUUAUGCUUCAUUCGGAGACGUAGUUGCCUUUGGCACUACAUUUGGUACAAAUAAAGAGCAUCGACAACUUGGUGUAUUUGUUGGUUUUAACCAUUUCGGGGAGACGACGGUUUUUGGUGCAGCUCUUUUGUAUGAUGAAACAACUGAGUCUUUUAAGUGGUUGUUUGAAACAUUUCUAGCAACACAUGGCAAUAAGCAUCCGAAGACAAUCUUCACUGACCAAGAUAUCGCUAUGGGAAAGGCUAUUGCAGAGGUGAUGCCAAAGGUGUGGCAUGGAUUGUGUACUUGGCACAUCACAGAAAAUGCAACCAAGCACUUGCUACGCUAUGGAUCAGCUGUUCUUCAAGAGUUCAAAGCUUGUAUGUAUGAGAUUAAAGAAGAGGUGGAGUUUGAAAAGGCAUUUGAAGUAUUGCGUGGGAAAGUCACACAACAAAGCUGCACUCAAUUAAGUGAAAGCUUCAACAAGGAUUUAAAAGGUUAUCUAAAAUGCACUUUGGAUAUAAUGCGUUUUUUCAAACAAUUUGAGAGGGUUGUUGGGCUAAAGCGGCAAAAUGAGACAAACAAUGAGUUUGAUACGCGGGAAAAACUGCCAAGUAUUAAGAUGCAGAGAUCACCUUUACUUAGGCAAGUUGGCCAAAUUUAUACUCCUAAUAUAUUUGAAGCUUUUCAAGAUGAGUAUGAUUGGUCAAUGGCAGCUUAUAUUAAGCAGCCUGUUGAAGGUCAACUAAGAAAUGAAUAUAGAGUUGCAAUUUUAGACCUUGAAACUGAUAACUCUAUUGAUAAAGAAUACCAAGUCUUGAGUGAUCCUUUGACUGAAACAAUUUCGUGUAGUUGUAAAAUGUUUGAAAGAUUGGGAAUAUUGUGUGCUCAUGCAUUGAAAGUCCUUGAUACUAUGAAUAUUAAGUUGGUUCCUGCGAAAUAUAUUUUAAAACGCUGGACUAGAGAAGCAAGGGCUGAAACUGUGCAGGAUAUUUUUGGGAGGAUUAUUCUUGAAGACCCUCAGUUGGAUGCUACUCGUAGAUACAAAGCUUUAUGUCAAAAGUUUGUAAAAAUGGCUUCAAGAGCAUCUAAAUUUGUAGAAUCAUCAUCAUUGGUAGAGAGUGGGUUGAAUAAUUUGAUUGUUGAGGUUGAAAAGUUACUCUUGAACCUUAAAAUAAAAAUGGAGCUUCUUUAUUUUCUAAGAAGAAUGCAAGUGAACAACAAGAGAAAAAAAAGCAAGAAGAAAGUGUCAAGUGACCCAAACAGAGAAAAUAUACCGCCACAGGAAGGAGAAAAUCAGGUGGUUUUACCACAACAAUUUAUGUCAUUUGGGAACAAUUAUCCAAAUUUUGAAGUACCUUGCAGUAGUUAUACACAACUCUUGGGUGCUUAUGGGAGCCAAGCUCAACCUUAUUUUGAUUUGUGGGCAGGGACCUCAUUUCCAUAUCAGCUUUAUAAGAUGGCACUUUCGGUGUCUGUCUAUUUCUUAUGGUUGGAGCGCAACUGUAGGAUUUUUAAUCAUGCAACUCGCAAUUCUACAGAGAUUAUUAAGAGCAUACAACUUGUUGUUGCUACCAGAUGUCUACAUAUGAAGAAGCUGAUUGAUCCUUCUGUGUUUGUUGUUUAA